AUGUCCAGAUCCGGGGACAGGACCUCCACCUUCGACCCCAGCCACAGCGACAACCUGCUGCACGGCCUCAACCUGCUGUGGCGCAAGCAGCUGUUUUGCGACGUGACCCUGACGGCCCAGGGCCAGCAGUUCCACUGCCACAAGGCCGUGCUGGCCUCCUGCUCGCAGUACUUCCGCUCGCUCUUCUCCAGCCCCCCGCCGCUCGGGGGAGGGGGCGUCGGCCAGGACGGCCUGGGGGCCCCCAAGGACCCGCCGCAGCCGCCGCAGCCGCACCCGCCGCAGCAGCCGCCGCCGCCGCCGCCGCAGGAGGAGCCCGGGACGCCCGCCUCCUCCCCCGACGACAAGCUGCUGACCAGCCCGCGGGCCAUCAACAACCUGGUGCUGCAGGGCUGCUCGUCCGUCGGCCUGCGCCUGGUGCUCGAGUACCUCUACACGGCCAACGUGACCCUGUCCCUGGACACGGCGGAGGAGGUGCUGUCGGUCAGCAAGAUCCUGCACAUCCCGCAGGUCACCAAGCUCUGCGUGCAGUUCCUCAACGACCAGAUCUCGGUGCAGAACUACAAGCAGGUGUGCCGGAUCGCGGCGCUGCACGGCCUGGAGGAGACCAAGAAGCUGGCCAACAAGUACCUGGUGGAGGAUGUGCUGCUGCUCAACUUCGAGGAGCUGCGCGCCCUGCUGGACGCGCUGCCGCCGCCCGUGGAGUCGGAGCUGGCGCUCUUCCAGAUGUCCGUGCUGUGGCUGGAGCACGACCGCGAGGCCCGCAUGCCGCACGCGCCCGACCUCAUGAAGCGCCUCCGCUUCGCGCUCAUCCCGGCCCCCGAGCUGGUGGAGCGCGUGCAGUCGGUGGACUUCAUGCGCAGCGACCCCGUCUGCCAGAAGCUGCUGCUGGACGCCAUGAACUACCACCUGAUGCCCUUCCGGCAGCACUGCCGGCAGAGCCUGGCCAGCAGAAUUCGCUCGAACAAGAAAAUGCUGCUAUUGGUCGGAGGCUUGCCUCCCGGGCCGGACCGCCUGCCCAGCAACCUGGUUCAGUACUACGACGACGAAAAGAAGACGUGGAAAAUUCUCACAAUCAUGCCCUACAACAGCGCCCACCACUGCGUCGUGGAGGUGGAGAACUUCCUGUUCGUGCUGGGCGGAGAGGACCAGUGGAACCCGAACGGAAAACACAGUACGAAUUUUGUCAGUCGAUAUGAUCCCCGAUUUAACAGCUGGAUACAGCUUCCACCCAUGCAGGAAAGAAGAGCCAGUUUCUACGCGUGUCGGUUGGACAAACAUUUAUACGUUAUUGGUGGAAGGAAUGAAACCGGCUAUUUGUCCAGCGUGGAGUGCUAUAACCUAGAAACAAACGAAUGGCGUUAUGUGUCCUCUUUGCCACAGCCCCUGGCAGCUCACGCAGGAGCCGUGCACAACGGGAAAAUAUACAUUUCAGGGGGUGUGCACAAUGGAGAGUAUGUCCCAUGGCUCUAUUGCUACGACCCCGUGAUGGAUGUCUGGGCUCGCAAACAAGAUAUGAACACAAAACGCGCCAUCCACACUUUGGCUGUAAUGAAUGAUCGCUUAUAUGCAAUUGGAGGAAAUCAUUUGAAAGGCUUCUCCCACCUUGAUGUCAUGCUGGUGGAAUGCUAUGACCCAAAAGGUGACCAGUGGAACAUCCUGCAAACGCCCAUCCUGGAGGGUCGAAGCGGCCCUGGCUGUGCCGUGCUUGACGACAGCAUUUACCUCGUGGGAGGCUACAGCUGGAGCAUGGGGGCCUACAAGUCGUCCACCAUAUGCUACUGUCCGGAGAAAGGCAGCUGGACAGAGCUGGAGGGGGACGUGGCGGAGCCGCUGGCAGGGCCCGCCUGCGCCCCGGUCAUCCUGCCCGCCUGCGUCCCUUACAACAAAUGACGCCAGGAAGCCCUGGAGUGACGGUGUCCGCUCUAGGAGACAGCGACAGGUGACAUCACUGUUACACUAGGGACGGUGCAUUCGAACGGCUGCUGAUGCUGUACGAGCGACCGCAAAAGAAGAGGACCUGCUCUUGAGCAGACACUGUGUCUGUGACUCGGAUCACAACCAACUCCCCGGUGGUGACAGGCGCUUCCAUUUCAGACUGGUUGGAACUUGUCCCAGCUUGACAAAAACACCUCCCGAGGAUCUGAACUUUCAGAAGGAGACAGGAAACACACCGACGAGCCCCCCAGAGAGACCUACGAUCAGUAUUGUGCGUUGUAGUCUACCUGCAUGUGGUCUUUGUUGAAGUUUUGGGGAUAUCGUGUUCAUGAAUGACUCAAAAUUGGACCCACUAAAAUAUGUUUCCUGCAUUACAGGAAGCGCCACUUGAUUCUGUAUUCCUAACCUGAGGCUCCAUCACAGACUCCAUAGGCAACACGGUUGUAGAGAAUCACGGAAGGGUUAAAGAGAAGCACUUCUGUUUCUAUAUAUCUUGAUUUCAUAUACCUUCUGCCCCCUCCAGCCUCGGGGGAUGAGAGAGGAGAACGAGGCUGGCUCUUGUAGCGAUUGCUUUCCGCCCCGGAGGCUCCAGGCUAGCCAAAGUCAUCAUUUCUGUGUCCUCAAUUUUGUCUGAAAGAUUAAAAGAAAAUACACGAUGUCACUGUUCGGCCCGUGGAGUCUUGCUCUUUUUUUGCAGAAUAGAAGCAGGUAGUGAACACUCCGUAUUUGCUCCCGAAGGUAGGAUCGGCAGGCGGUCAGACACGAUUGUGUUUUCUGUUGGGUAACGUAUCUGACCCAAACUUCACCCACAAGGAAACCUGGGAGAUCGCUUUCAGGAAUUCAGGAGCAAAAAGAAAGCGUAAUUUCUGUCAGUAAUUUCUAUGACAGUCCCAGUUGUCUCUCUGUCCCUAAAACACAGGGACAGAGACACAGGAGCAAGCCAUCGCUCCUAACAAACACCCUCUUCCUCCCCUUGGCUCUAGAAAUGGCUCUAGGUUGGGCUCUAGGGAAAGCACAUGACUUACCCUGGUCAUUCCCCCAACUCCUCCUACGCGUUCGUUAUCAGCAGAGACGCCUGGGCUCGGCGUAGUGGGCCGUAGCUCGGUGUUUGCCGGAGCCUGGGGAGCUCAGGCCCAGGAGGGCAGGAGGGCAGGAGGGCAGGAGAUGGUCUCAGUGGGGCCAAUCAAACCAACAAAACUGGCAGCAACAUGAAUUUGAUGUUCACGCUCUUUGGAUCUGGAAAACAUCUGGUAGGAGUCAAUAAAAGCCUAAAAUAUUUUUUUAAUCACCCAGAGAUGUCUGUGAGUCCCUCGGCAAACGUGGCCUUCAGAACAGCAGCCGGGAAGCCACGGAUGGGAACCGCCUGGCGCUACGUUCUCACUACAGACACGCCAAGAGGGACAGGUGUACCGGAAUCCGCUGCGUCUCUACAGUCAAGUGCAAUCUUUGUUGUUUUGUAUUUAUUUGUAUGUUCAGAUCCAAAGGAUCCGUUGUAAAAUAUAUAUAAAUAUAUACCCAGUGCAAUUAGCCUUCAUUUCCUUUUCCUUGAAAGCAUAUGAAUAUAUAGAAAGCAAGAAAAAGUACAGUACUUUGUGGGGAAAUCCCAGCUGACGUCAUGAAGAGAACAAGGUCUGCUCCGAACCUUUUACCGUCACCUGUCACCACCCCGUCUGAAUGUCGCCGUUUAUACGCGGAUAUUUGCUUCCCUUACGCUUGUUCUUCAUUUAUUUUUUAUUUCUAACGAAAAUAAAUAAAAGCAUUUAUGAGGACAAUAAAUAAAGCUUUCUGUACUUCAGAAGGACACAAACUAUUAGUGGGAAAUGAAUAAAUAAGUCACAGAGGAUGUAAAUUUUGUACAGUAUUAGAAUGUGUAAAUGAAGCUUGCUUGGAAGGGGGAAACUUGAAAU